CUUCCUUGACCAACACCAGCAGCUGUAGCAGUAGCAAUUGUAGUGGAAACUGACCCACUCCUUUGCUCAAAAUAUAUUAAUUCUGACAGCCCAAAAGUCAAACAAAGAAAACCACCAAACAGUAACUGAACUAGAUAGAUACGUAAAAAAAAGAGCCUCAUGCUUUGUCUCCCUUUUCAUCAAGCGUGACAAGCUUCAUUUUUCUUUUCUGUUCACGGGUAGGCUAUUUUUUUUUUUCUGGUGAGGUCAAGAUCACAGAAUUGGGGAGAGAUGAGUUCGCUCUUGAAGCUUUCAAGGAGGGCCUUGGAAACUGAGAUGCCCGUUAUGGUUCAGAUGCAGGAACUGAUCCGAGGAUCUAAAAAUGCUGUGUCUUUGGCCCAGGGAGUGGUUCAUUGGCAACCUCCCGAGCAAGCUUUGAAAAAGGUGAAAGAACUUGUAUCUGAUCCUAUAGUCAGUCGAUAUGGUAAUGAUGAAGGUAUUCCUGAACUCAGAGCAGCUUUGAUUAAAAAGUUGCGUGAUGAAAAUAAUUUGCACAAAUCUUCGGUAAUGGUUACAUCAGGGGCGAAUCAGGCAUUUGUAAAUCUAGUUCUUACUCUGUGUGAUCCGGAUGACUCCGUGGUUCUGUUUGCUCCAUACUACUUCAAUGCGUACAUGUCCUUCCAGAUGACUGGUGUUACCAAUAUAAUAGUUGGUCCUGGUAGCCCAGACACACUUCAUCCUGAUGCAGAUUGGUUGGAAAAAAUAUUAUCUGAAACUAAACCAGCUCCAAAGCUUGUAACUGUUGUAAAUCCAGGCAAUCCAACUGGAACCUACAUUCCAGAGCCCCUUUUAAAGAGGAUUUCAGAUCUGUGCAAGAAGGCUGGCUCUUGGCUUAUUGUUGAUAAUACAUACGAGUAUUUUAUGUACGAUGGUCUGAAACAUUCUUGUAUUGAGGGAGAUCAUAUUGUUAAUGUUUUCUCAUUCUCAAAAGCAUAUGGAAUGAUGGGAUGGCGGGUUGGAUAUAUAGCGUACCCCUCUGAAGUAGAAAACUUUGCUGAACAACUUCUCAAAGUUCAAGACAACAUUCCCAUCUGUGCUUCAAUAUUAUCACAGUAUCUUGCCCUGUAUUCACUGGAACUGGGUCCUCAGUGGGUUGUAGACCGGGUAAAAAGUCUUGACAAGAACAAAGAAAUUGUUUUAGAAGCUCUCUCUCCCCUUGGAGAGGGUUCUGUUAAAGGAGGAGAGGGUGCCAUAUACCUCUGGGCGAAGCUCCCACAUGCAAAUGCCUACGAUGAUUUUGAUGUUGUUCGCUGGCUCGCUAACAAGCAUGGUGUUGCAGUAAUCCCAGGAAAAGCAUGUGGUUGUCCUGGCAAUCUUAGAAUUUCGUUUGGAGGCUUGACAGAGAAUGAUUGCAGAGCUGCUGCAGAAAGACUCAAGAAAGGCUUAGAAGAAUUGGUUAGAGAUGGACUGCGUCAGUAACUGAGAUUAAUCAUAGAACAUCCCCUUCCCAAGCAAACCAAGCCUCCAUAGUGGAAAAACAAAAACACCAGUAGAUAUCAAUAGAAAGAAAUUUCACUUGCCAAUGUAGCAAGUUUGCAACUGAUGAAUUUUGAAUAAAUGGAGGAUUUACUUUCUA